AUGGGCGGAAAUAGGAGGAGUCGCGGCGGAAAUGCUUCGCAAAAUCGGCAGCAGAAUCGGAAUGAGGAUUCGACAAAAUCAUCACAGCAGCAUCCUGUUGGUUCCAGUGCUGCCAGUCGUGAUCCGUAUGAGCGAAACGAUGUGAUUCUUGCCGAAAUUGCACGGGGUCUAAACGUUUCUUGGAGGGAUAUUGGCGUGGGGUGUUUGGCCUUGCUUGGUCUGAUUACUUUCGGCGCAUUUCUUGGCGUUUUUGCUAGUAUGACGCUAUCCGUUCAUUACUAUGAAAAGUCUGCUUUCGGAAGUCAUAUUGGGGUUUCUGCAGCAAAAAGGAAUUUUGGAUUAACGCCGACCUAUAGUGGAAUCACAUCCUUUGAUGAUGCAACUCUUUUAGCAAACAAAUUAAUGAAUGGUGCAUCCAAUCCAAACUACCAGAAUGUCGGAAGAGUAUUACCGGCUAAGACGGUUGGGACAGUCGACGCAUUGAUGCUUGUUGAAGAAUCAACACCUCUUGGAAUCAAGAUGACUUUCUCUGAUCGUACAUCUGGAGCAGCAGCAUGUAGCCGAGAUGAUAGUUCAGACAGUUGUCCUGAGAAUCAAGAACAGGAAGAUGGAUCUUCACCAAAGUUAUCAACAGCUCAAGCAAAGAGGUUUGUAGCACAGUACGAAGAAUGGCUGAGAGUGCAACCAAAGGUUCAACCACCGGAUCCCAUGAUACAACCAACGAAAUGUCAAGACGGAUCGUCAGGAUUUGAUGAUUGGCGUACACUCAAGCAGGCAAUGCACGAAGCGAAUUCCAUUGGCGAAGAGCGAUUGGCACUAUGGUCUUCCUACUUUGCUACUGAUGGCAGGCAUUUAUCUGUAUACGAAAAUGACUUGCUAUACUAUGAAGAAGAUGUGAUCUUUCGAAUAUGCCCUGGAGAGACGCUGACUGCCCGCCGUGGACCGGUUACUGUGAAUGCGCCAAACCUCGUUUUGGAAUGCCAGGAUUGCACGGUGGAUGUCGGCGGAACUCAUUUAGCCUUUGGACCCCGCGCUAGAAAUGUGUUAGUGAGAGGAAUAACCUUCACAGGAGCAACUUCCUCAAGCCUGACCUUCUUUCAUCACGGAUCCGACGCAAUAUUUGAAGACUGUACAUGGAUUGGUAACACAGGUAGGUCACAGAAGUUUGGUGCUGUUGCAGAUCUGAAUUCAACAAGUGCAGUGAACUUUUACCGAUGCUCCAUUGGUCAUGGCAACAAGAAAAACUGGUUCGGUAGUCCAACCUCUAAUGGUGGAUCUUCCUCGCUUUCAAUCCGAGCCUAA